AUGAGUGAAAAUUCAUUACAAUCGAUUGAACAAUUGAAAAAUAGUAUAAGGUCCUUUUUAGAUGAGAAGGAAAGUAAUAUAUAUCAUAAAAAUUAUGUUGAUAAUAUAACAGAUGAAUCAGAAUUUGAAAAUGGUCAAGUUGAGGAUGUAAUUGAUAAAAUUGAAUCGAGUUUCAAAAUAGAUAAAGAAGCACUACAAGAUGUUACAGAGACUGAAGAAGCUGAAAUUACCAAAUUUAAUCAAGUUUUAGAUACUGUAGGUAAAGAAUUUAUUAUCAAGGCUGCUUUUCAUAACAUAUUUGAUGAAAUAUUAAAUUCAAUAUUGGCAAAUGAACAAGGGUCAGAAACGACAGAGAAUAAAGAAGAAUCAGAAAUGACUAGAUAUUAUAAUCAACUUGCAUUGUUAUUAGAUUAUAUCUUGGUGGUUAUACUCAAGAAUAAUGAUAAAUCCAAAACCAUGAAACAUGUUUUUUAUUCUAGUAUUCAACAAGUUAUGGAGCAAUUGUUAAAUUUUUCAAUUAAUUAUGCUAAUCAUUUUUGGACAUUUAUGGAAACAAGAGAGAAAUUAUAUAUUUCUAAAAUAUAUCAAAAUGACAAAACAGAAAGAGUACAAUUUUUAUACUGUUUCCAACCAUUAGUUAAUAAAUACUACAUUAAAACUAAAACCAAAACCAAAACAUCAAGAAUUUCAAGUUUUAUAAAUGAGACAUUUAAUACUCAAAAACAGGAUACUUAUGCAGAUACAUUUAGGUAUAGAGUUAAAGCAUUUAUGUCAAAUUGUCUUUCAUUUGAAGAUCAAACUGGUUUAAAUAAAUAUUUUGAUGUUGCAGCAAGAGAUCCACUAAAUCUUAAAAUUUACAAGGAUGUUUUUUCACAAGAUUUAAUUGAUGUUCAAAAAUUAAUAAAUAAUCCAAUGUAUUAUCUUAGAAAACAAAACCAAGGACAAUUAACAUCAUUGACUAAUAAAUUAAUCAAGGUAUUUUAUCAAUUAUUAGCAGAAGAGAAAGCAUACACUGAGAAACAUAAAUUGCCAGAUUUCUUUAUCCAAAAACCACCAAAAUCAAAAGAGGAAAUAGAGAUGAAAAAAGAGAAAUAUAGUAAGAAAAUUUACAAUCCUGAAACUUAUUACUUGUCCACUUUUAAUUUAGAUAAGAGUGAAUUUGAAGAACAACAAAAAAUAGAUCAAAGACAUCUUACUAUAUUAACAGAAAUACCGAAAAAUAGAGUAUCCAUAUUAUUUUCAAUAUUCAUGGUUUCAUUCUUUUUCAUGGAUCUAACUGAGAAAUAUAAAAAUCAAUUACUUGAUUCAGUAGGAGCUCCAAAAAAUACAAAACACUUUACGGACGAUCUGACUCCCAAUAAUGUAUAUUUAGAUUAUCAUGAUAUUAAAUUCAAAUUUUUUUCAGAAAUUAAAAGAAUUAAUUCUCAAUUGGCAUUCUUGGCAAAUCAUGUACAAGUUUCAGAAAGAAUAUGGUGGGGGUUUUUAUUAUAUGGAAAAGAUCCAAAGACCGGAAAAUCAUUAUUUGAGGAUAAAAUACUUACAACUGAAGAAUUAGAAGAAGUUGCUAAGAAACAUGAAGAAAUAGCAAAGUAUAAAACUUCAAAAUUGUUUAAUAAUUAUGUUACUUCUGAAGUUACUAGAAAAAUGAGACCUAAAAAAGAUGAAGGUGUUAAAUUUAAAGAGUUUGAUGUUUAUAUGAAUUCUGAAGAAUUGGAGAAUGUUAAAUACGAAAUUGAAGAAUUGGAAAAUAGUGAUGUCAAAGAUGAUGAUAAAUUACAAGAAUUAAAAGAGAAGAGAUCUGCUUUAACUUGGAGAUUAUUAAGAUCUCAAAGAACUAGUAAAUUAUUUGAAUUAUCUGAGAUGUUAAAAAAUGCAAUCCCAAUUAAUGAAAAAGUUGAAGAUGAUGAAGAUGAGGAAAUGUUGGAAGAAGAUGAAAUAGAAGAAGUUAAAACUGAACAAAAUGGUGACGAGAAAGUAAAAGAACAGGCAAGUGGUAAUGAAACAGAACCUGAAGAAGCUAAUGGCGAGGAUAAGGCUGAGAUCAAACAAGAAGAAGAAGUGAAUUCUAGGAAAAGAAGUUUAGAUGAAGAAAAUGAUGAUAGUCGCUCGCCUAAAUUAGCUAAAACUAAAACAGAGUAA